AUGAAGGCUACUCUCAUCCUCACCACUCUCCUCGGCGCUGCCAUUGCCAGCCCGGUUGCCAUCGCCAACGUCGAUGCUAACCAGGUUGAGAAGCGCGAUCUCGAGGUUCGCGUGCUGUCUGGUAACCCCAUCACCAGCCUUAUUCCCAACGGAAUCAUCCUGGCCAAUCUCAGCCUUCCUGCCGUUCCUACCGGCGCCAUCACCAACGCCAACGUCAUCGAGAUUCUCACUCAGCUUCUCCAGAGCAUCCUUGGCGCCAUCCUUAACAUCCGCCAGGGCACUAGUCUCCCCAACCAACCUACGGUCCCUACGAUCCCCGGUCUUCCUACUCCUGUCAUCCCCUCUGGUGGUAUUUCUGCGGCGCAGCUUACCGGUCUCACCACCGUUCUCCAGCCUCUGCUUAAGAACGUCACCGACAUCACCCAGAACCUUCCUACCGGCCUUACCUCGACCCAGAAGCUGCAGGCCCUGGCCAUCCUCACUGUUAUCAAGACCCAACUCGCUGCUCUUAUCACGGGCCUCUCCAGUGGGUCCGGUGCCAGCCUUCCCAACGGCAUCACUGCCGGUGCGGUUCCCGGCGUCAGCGACCUGGCUUCUUCUGUCGGUACCCUCGAUGGUGUCGUCAAAACCGUCACCGGCAUUGUCGGCGCUGUUCUCGCUGGCGUUGUCAGCCUCCUCGGUGGCAGUAUCCUCAGCACCCUCCCUAUUGGCCGAUAG